AUGUCUCGCUCGGCCGCCGACGCGACUCGUUUCACAGCCACAGGGCCCUACGUCGGCCCUCAAGCACCGUACAAAAUGCCCGAUCUCAAAUCGAAAACAAACAAGCAGAAACCGCAACCGACGCCGACAUCUACGUCCUCGUCAUCGUCAAUCGGUGGUGCUGGAGGCGCUGGAGGCGGGAAUGGGGAAUCCGUACAAGGCGAAACACCGCGCCAGAAAGUCGAGCGACUGCGUGCACAGGCUCGCGCAGCCAGGUUGAAUCAGAACACGAGUCCGGUGGACAGGCUCAUUGAGCGUGGACGGCGGGCAGCGAAUGGGGCGCAUAAGAUGAUUAUUUACACACUGAUAGCAGCGUCAGGCGUCUGCGGCGCUCUCACACUUUAUUCUGUUGUCUCCCUGACAAUGUGGAAUCGUCGCCAACGCGACCUCUGGCUCGACCGACAGCUGCAAGACCUGCAAAGCGCUCGCCAAGCAUAUAUCCAGGGCACAGCAACGCCGGAACAGCUGGAGAUUCUGAAGAAUGAGAAGAUCGGGGAGAUUGAGAAACAGAAAGCCGAGGAGGCGAAGGAGCAGAGGGUGUGGAGUAAGGCGAAGCGGUUCUUGUUUGAAGGGUUGAAUAAGGGGGAUGAUGCUGCAGGUGCUUCGGCGAGUACCACGGAGGGUGCGAGGAUGGGGGUGAUAGAAGCGUUGAAUGCGAAGAAGGCCGAGGAGGAAGCUGCCGUAGCAGCAAUGUCUUCAGUUUCGACGACGAAAGUUGCUGGUUCGUUAGACAUUCUGGCUACGAACGCAGAGACGAAAGCGAAGCAGUCUGCCCAGAGCUGGUCGAGUUGGAUAUGGAGACGAAAGGACUAG